ACAAAAUAAGGUAUAAAUAAAAGAAUAGAAAAUUUUAACACUACUUUAAUCUUGAGGUAGCAUUGUGUCCUGACUCCUGCAACAAUGCGGCUACUCUUUGCUUUAGCACUUAUUGGAUUCGCCUGUGCGCUACCACAGCGAAAAAACCGUGUCGUCGGUGGUACCCCGGUGCCCAUCGAAAGAUACCCGUUCAUGGUCAACAUGCAAGUCACUUGGCGGGAAGGAAUUUUCGCAUCUGUCUGCGGCGGCUCUCUCAUUACCAGGACAGCCGUGCUGUCUGCUGCUCAUUGUUAUAUCAUCGAGCUACCAGACAUAAAUCAGUGGCGUGCGCGUCUUGGAUCCGAGUCAGAUCAAGUCGGCGGAGUCCAGCAUGCGGUCGCGCGGUUCAUUAUCCACCCUAAUUAUGUACACAUCACGCUGACAAGCGACGUGGCAAUCGUCAGACUGGCGAUCCCUGCGAUGCUUUCUAACAGGAUUCAAGUGGCCCGUAUUGCAGGACCGAACUACCCUCUCCCCGAUAACCUGCGCGUGUACGUUGUAGGAUGGGGUGAUAGACAUCAUGAAGAACACGAAGGAUCGGAAUUUCUACUGCAUACGGACGUCCGCGUAAUCAACCAUGAGAUCUGCACCGAGCGUUACGCGGAACUCAAGACUCAGCCAGGUUAUGAGUUCCAUCCCGAUGUAACGCCUGCAAUGUUGUGCACCGGCCACCUGGACGUCGGCGGGCAGGACGCCUGCCAGGGCGACUCCGGAGGCCCCGUCGUUCACGGAGGCGAUAUUGUCGUCGGCAUCACGUCUUGGGGCUACGAAUGUGCUCAUCCUCGCUACCCAGGAGUCAGUGCUCGUGUUCCAUCUUACACUGAAUGGAUCGUUGAAAACGCGGUGGCUUAAAAUAAUGCAAUAUAAUAUGUUUGUAACAAGAACAU